UUGACAGUACUAUUUUAGUCUUUGUUCGCGUUUUCGCGAUCGUAAUUUAUCACAGAAGAGUGUUAAAUUAUUGGCUUUGUAUUAAUUUUUAAAGUGUUAAAAUUAAUCUCUCCUUAAGCUUAAAGUCCAAGUAGUUUAAAUUUAUUUAGUUUUCAAUUGUUUCUCUAAAAUCUACUUGGAUACUGGUAUCGGAAACUGUAAUCGAUGCUUUCCAUGGAGUACGAUAACGACGACCACACGUGGCGGAGGCCUUCGACGCCGAAGGUGAGCCAGUCGCGAUGCCAGCCCAUCCCGAAGCGGUCGACGACGGUGGCGGUGGUGGUGCUUGGGCUGGCGGUGCUGAGCUGCCUGCUGGGCUACUGCGUGCUCAGCGAGACCCUCCCGUACGAGUCCAAAACACUGCGGCUUGUCGUCAUUUUAUUUCGUCAUGGUGCAAGAAAUCCUACUCACACAUACAAAAGUGAUCCAUUUAAAAAUUACCAAUGGCCUGAUGGACUUGGCGGCCUAACUAAUAUUGGCAAAUUGCAAUUGUAUGAGCUUGGAAAAAAAUAUCGGAAUUAUUAUGCAAACUUUUUGAAUGAGGAGUACUAUGAAAAGGAAGUGUAUGUCCGUAGCAGUGACGUGUCACGGUGUAUGAUGAGCGCAUACACUUUUCUUGCUGGAUUGUACCCACCGACAGAACGACAGAUGUGGCAUCCUGAGUUGCCAUGGCAGCCUAUUCCUGUUCAUUCACUACCUCGUGAGCUUGAUAAUAUAGUAGCAGGCACCAAGAAAUGCAAGGCCUGGAAAGCCAUGUAUAAAGAGUUGAUGGCAGAAAAGAGUGCUGACCCAAAAUUCACUGAGCUAUUUGAUCAUCUGAGCAAACAUACAAACCAAUCUGUACAUGAAAUUGUAGAAGUGGAUUUCCUUUAUAGUACACUUCUAACACAGCAAGAAGCAGGCUUGAAAAUACCUGAAUGGACCAGAAAUGUUUUUCCAAACAAAAUGCGAAUGCCGUUUAUGCUCAGCCUAGCACUGUUAUCUUACAAUGAAACAUUGCAACGUGUUCAAGUUGGACCGCUGCUGGGUGAAAUAAAGCGGUCAUUCUCCGAUUGCGUGACGCACACCAACGUGGACCGCUCGCUGUUUGUGGUGUCUGCGCAUGACGUCACGGUGGUGUCGCUGUGGCGCGCGCUCGGCCGCCGCGAGCUGCUCGAGCCCGAGUACGGCGCCAGCAUCGUGCUGGAGCUCCACGAGGAGGUCGAGGUCAAGUCCACGUUCUUUGUGAAGGCAUUCUACAGGAAUAAUACCAAAGUUGAAGUACCCACGGAAUUGAAGUUACCUUUUUGUGAUGACCCCUGCCCUUAUGAUAAAUUCGUGGAGCACCUUGAUAAGCUCAUUCCUGAAGAUUGGGAGGCAGAGUGUCAAAACAUUGUGCCCUGAAGAGAUGCCAGGAGAUUUUUGUCAACAUACUAAGGUAUGGAGUUUGAAGGUUGUCUAAAAUAUUCAGUGGGUACAUGAUAUUGUUCAUUUAAAUUUCCAGGAUACAAUUGCAUAAUCUUAAUUGUUGAUUUAACCAGGAAUGGGUGUCAUGUACCCCAACUAAAUGUUAUGUCGCGAUAAGUUCUGCGUCAUGAAGAAAGUGAGUUUCAAUAUCAUAAGCACAACUUAACAACACACAAAAAAGAGGAAAAGGAUUGUAAGAACUUUUAAGCAUGCAGAAUUUUUUGGAGAGAUUAAGAUCACAAACACUAUAAGUAUUUACUUGAGGAGUAGGAUUAAUUUUAAACAACAAACGUCGCUUGUAACUGUUAUCUGCAGCAGUCCUAAAAUAAUAAAAUAGAAAUCCUACUGAGAAUGGUGCCCAAGUGUUUAUUUACAAUCUCAAUUUGUGCAUAAAAUUGAAUGUAGUUUUGUCAUAAACCAUAAUCCUCAUAUUUAUUUGUUUGCAAAAAUUAUACAUACACAAUGUAUGUAUAACCAGAAUUACAUAUACGUAAUGAAAACCAACAGAUACGUAAACUGUUUUUAUAAAAGUGUUUUUACAAUUUGCCAGUGCUCAAAUCUUUAAUCACCAAAAUUAAACAAAUGUGCCAUUGUGAGUCGUCCACUCAUAAAACAUUUUAAAAUUAUUAAAAGAUAUUUUAUUUGUGACGAAUAUUUAAUUAGGAGUUAUGAAGUUGUUAAUUAAUAUUGAUGUAAGAAUUUUAUGGCAUUUUAAUAAAUAUGUCGUAGUCGUAACCGUGCACAUUAUGUAUAUUGAAUCAAGAGUUACAGAAUAUUAUUUUUUUAAUGAAGAUAAUUAGGAUAGUAUAUUGAUUGAUGUUAUAAAAGAUGUUGUACUGUUGAACUGUUUAGCAAAUUAAUAUACAUUUUAUAGUCAUUGUGCUUAUUUAUAAUAGAGUCAAGAAGUUCAAUGUUGAAGUUUUAAAAAAUGCAUUCUGUAUUUUAGGCACAUUUAAAAAAAAUUGCAAGAAUUUUAACAAUGAAGUUUUAAAAAAUGCAUUCUAUAUGUUGGGUAGUUUGUGGCAAAAUGAAAAUGAUUUAGUACAACAAUAAGAAGGCCAGAAUUUUGUGUAUGCUAGUAACAACAUAAUGUUGUUUUAAAAUAUUACUGUUAUGUGCUAGAUUAACAAUGCAGCUUAUGUGUAUGUGAUACCAGUAUAAAGUUAGAAAUAUAUUUAAUUAUUAAGUCGAUGUGUAGGCUUCCUAAUCUCUCCUAUCUAUAGUGAAUUAAUGUUAUGACCGGGCUAUGUCCAGCUCAAGUUUGUCACUGAAACUUAGGAAUUUUGAGGUUGAAAUAUGUACACACCUUUUUCAAAGUCAAUACAUGAAUGCAUCAUAAUGCCCCAGAGUUGUUACCUUAUGAGUAAUUAUACGUUUUUUGUAAUGAAAUAUCUACUAUUAUAACUUAAUGUAAUUGAAAGAGAUUGUUCAGUGUUUCUGGAUACUUACAGAACAGUUGCUUUUACCAGCAAGUGCUAUAUUUUUUCAUGAUAUUUCAUAAUGGUGCAUUCACAAAUCUAAGAUUGUACAUAUUAGGGUCAUAGUUACCUGUCAGGAGAACCAUUUACAGAUGUGUGGGGUGUAAAAUGAUUCAUAUUACACUGUGCAGCUAAGAAUAUUAACAGUACUAUGAAAAUGUGAUCUGUGUUAUAAUAUACAGUUAUUAGAGCAGAACUACAUUUUUGUAUUUGUACUACCUGCGAUCUUCUAACUGCCACAUAGAGAAC